AGCGCCGCUGUAUCGUUCCAGACGUCGAGGCGAACGGGUCUGGAAAGCAAUAGCUGCGCGUUCUUCCUAUCGAAAUCGUUUCGUGUACCACCUCGGGCGCCAAACAUCUUCUACAAUUCUAGCCGGGUGGCGGUGCGGUUUCCUUUUCCUCCAUGCCGCCACGUGCGCACAUGGCUUUUGGCAACGCGCGCGUUUAAGAUAAAAAGGGUCAUUAUUGUUAAAGAGAAGCAAAACGACGCACGCACGUUUCACCAGGCGAACAUAGGCUGUGCUGGAGUAGCAGUGCCGGGUAGUGAGGAAAAGUAGUGUAACUCGCCGCAGGCUUUAGAAGUAGAUCGGCUUUGCAGAACGGCGGACCGGUUUGAAGGUAACCGUACUUUGCAAGGCAGCAACCGUAGCACGGUAAAGUAGCAGCAAGCAAGGCACCGGACCGUUUACCAAACCGUUAUGGGUCUAUCACGCGUGGAGCGCGUUAUCCCCGGGACACGAUGGCUGCGCGGCUACACGGGACAGUUCGUGGUGGCCGAUCUGAUCGCCGGUAUCACCGUAGGAUUGACAGUACUUCCCCAAGGGUUGGCGUAUGCUACGCUUGCCGGUUUAGAGCCACAGUACGGUCUAUACUCCGCCUUUGUCGGUGGCGUUGUGUACGCGCUUCUGGGUGGCUGCCGUGAGGUGACGAUCGGUCCAACCGCCCUACUAUCACUCAUGACUAGUCGACACACGGGCUACGGAGGAGCGUCCGGUCCGCAGCUCGCCAUACUGCUAUGCUUCCUGUCGGGCGUUGUCGAGCUGCUGAUGGCCGUCCUACGACUUGGUGCGCUGGUCGAUCUCAUCUCUCUGCCCGUUACGGUGGGCUUCACCUCGGCCACCGCACUGAUCAUUGGAGCGUCCCAGCUGAAAGCGCUGCUCGGCAUACGCGGUGGGUCGGGGUCAGGGUUCGCUAGCACCGUGCGCACCGUGGUGGAAAAGCUUCCCGAGGCCCGGAUAGCCGACAGCAUACUGGGUGUCGUAUCGAUCGCUGUACUGCUGGCAAUGAGGAAAUUAAAAGACAUCAAAACACCGCCCGAAGCUACGCGGGGACGCAAAACACUGGGAUUUGUCUGCUGGCUAAUUGCAACAGCGCGCAAUGCGCUCGUCGUGCUGGUGACCAGCUUUGUCGCGUUCUACUACGAUCAACGGGGCGAACGGCCGUUCAUACUGACCGGCACGGUGAAAAGUGGAAUUCCGGACUUUCAGCUGCCACCGUUCAGCUCCGUACUGCCGACAGGCGGUGGACCCAAUGGAACCGAACCAGUGCCGGUCGGCUUCGUCGGCAUGAUCGAGGAGCUGGGUGCAUCGAUUGCACUCGUGCCCAUUAUCGCGGUGCUGGGCAAUGUGGCCAUCUCGAAAGCGUUCGGCGGCAGCGGCAUCAAUCCGACGCGCGAACUGGUCGCCCUGUCGCUCAGCAACAUUUGCGGAUCGUUCUUCAGCUCGUUUCCCGUGACGGGAUCGUUCUCGCGCAGUGCGGUCAACCAUGCGAGUGGCGUAAAGACGCCGAUCGGUGGCAUCUACACCGGUGCGCUAGUGCUGUUGGCGCUGGGUGUGCUGACGCCCUACUUCCAGUACAUCCCGAAGGCUGCCCUCAGCGCGGUGAUCAUUUCGGCGGUCAUCUUUAUGAUUGAGUACGAGGUGAUACGUCCACUGUGGCGAUGCAGCAAGCGUGAGCUUAUUCCGGGCGCGGUAACGUUCGUGCUGAGCCUAAUCAUCGGUGUCGAGCUGGGACUGUUGGCCGGUGUGCUGACCGAUCUGGCCUUUGUCGUGUACCGGACCGCUCGCCCACUGCUGACGGUUAGCGUGGCAGAUACGGCCCUCGGCACGCAGUACAUUUUAAUCCGUCCAAAUCACAGCCUCUUAUACUUUCCGGCCGUCGAAUGGGUGCGCAACGUCACGUCCAAAGCUAUCAAGCAGCAUGGCAACAUUCCGGUGGUGUUUGACUGCCGGUUAGUGAAUGAAUUCGACUACACUGCCGCGACUGGUUUGCAAAUGCUGCAAAAGGAGCUGGAGAAGAAAAAGAUCCCCCUGAUCGUGUACGGAUCGACGAACGAGGUGCGAAAGCUGCUUCAGGAAACGCUCAAAAGCAGCCUGAUCGAGGUGACGAACGAUGACGAGCUGGAGGUUCUGCUGCAGGAGCUGUCGCCCGCUGACGGUGCAGGUAAGCAUGAGCUGCGGGAAGUCGUUACACCGCUCCUAUCGCCCGACCGUGCACCGCCCAUCGCCGAGCUCGAGGAUUCGUGAACGGUUUACCAUGUGCCUUUUUAUCAGUCUGUGUAUGUGGUGUGUGGUAAUGUCCUGUGUACGCUGUGUUCGUUCCGACUCAUCUAUUACUCUUUAUGUUGCGUAUCAUCCCAAUCAUCCUUUGCCGAUCGCUGCGUGUACCGCUUGCGCAUGUGCUAUGUAUGUGUGACCCACCCAUAUGUAUCGGGCCAAAUUCAUGUUCCUUUCUGUAUGUUAUCCUCUAUCUUCGUCGCGUGUAUUAUAGGUGUACGAUAAGAAAAGAUAAGAAAUCUCUUCCUAAAGCUCUCCUGGACAAAAGGGGGGUAUCUGCUCAUGCUCAUAAUUACCCCUCGAAUAUUAGUACCGAUUGGCCACUGACAGGCAGAAAUGAAUUCGAAUUUAUUGUUAACUAUAUUUGUUAAGCGCACAGGUUUCUGUGUAUUGCCGGAUUAAAAUAAAGCAAAUGUAUUUUAAACACAA